AUGGAGGAUUUGACUAAGGUUGUGAACCGAGCGGUCGUAUACUCGGACCCUCCAACCAUUAAGUCAGAGAUAGUCGAGCUGCCGAUCGAGCAACCUGGUCCGGGCCAGGUUCUUGUUCGUUUACUCUAUUCCGGCGUAUGCCAUACAGACUAUGGGAUUUGUACCAAUGCAUUCGAUACUCUUCCCAUAGGCACUCCAAAGGGUGUAGGGAAGGUAGUCGCCCGAGGUUUGGGCGUCGAAUACCCGGCGAUCGGCGCUACCGUAGGAAUCAAGUGGUCUGCAAGCGCCUGUUUGAGCUGCGACAAUUGUCUUGAGGGAGGGGAGACCACCUGCCAGACUGGGACCAUCUCUGGUUUCCUGACCCCCGGAACUUUCCAACAGUACUGUCUUAGUCCUGCAAACUAUGUCACUCCUAUACCAGAAGGCAUUGACCUCGCCGCUGCUGCACCACUUAUGUGUGGUGGUGUCAGUGUUUACACCGCGCUCAAGCGGGCUCGUGUUCAGCAUGGGCAGUGGGUGGUUAUCUCUGGGGCAGGAGGCGGAUUAGGACACCUCGCUAUUCAAUACGCCAAAGCACUUGGUGCUCGGGUGUUGGCUUUGGAUGCUGGCGAGAAGGAAGAAUUCUGCCUAGGCUUGCAAGCUGAUGCAUUCGUCAACUUUACUCGAUACAAAGACGACAAGGACAUCGCAUCAGAAGUGCAGAGAAUCACAGGGAGUCGUGCAAAGGUGGUACUUGUGUGUUCUUCAAACAACCGGGCAUAUGACCAAGCUAUAUCCUUUCUAGGAUUUCGAGGUACCCUGGCGUGCUUGGGUGCCCCUGAGGGAGCCUCCGUUCCGAUUGGUGGAGCCAAGGUUAACGAUUUGAUCGGGAAGGAGCUGACUAUAUUUGCAAACAAGUCGGGAAAUCGUCUUGAUGCCAAAGAAAGCCUCGAGAUUGCAGCAGCUGGAAAAGUGAAGACCCAGUAUCAGAUCAGACCUAUGAAAGAUCUCACAGCAGAGGAAAUUCUCGGGUCGGAGACGACCGGCGACAGCGAGAGGCCGGAUCUCGCCCACGCUGGUGGACCUGGCCAAGAAACCAUGGUCGCGCAUCAUGUUGGUGGUUCGACAAAGCAAUCCACUCGGUACGAGCUUCAGGGCAUUGCUCGUGAGAUGGCUUCACCGAUCCAGAUUGGCAGCGAAUCCCCAAAAGGGCUGGAAAAGACGGUGAAAGAAGUACCCUCUACGGACCCCGAGUCAACGCCUUCGGCGCAUUCAACGGCAUCUAUAGAUGAGAAACCGCCUCCGCCAUGGUCAUGGAAGCUCACCGCCGUCAUUCUCGUGACACUGAUUCGUUUCGGCGGAUCGUGGAGCUCGGGCAUUACUGGCGCCAUGAAAUCCACCCUCAAGAAGGAACUUUCUAUCAACAACACACAAUAUGCGCUGCUCGAGGCUAGCGAGGACUUCAUGGUCACCGUUCUUAUCUUGCUAAGCGGCCUGCUUACGGACCGAAUCGGUGGUGCUAGCGCCUUGUUCUACGGCAACAUUGUGUACUCCAUCGGCUCUAUUUUGGUCGCCGCUGCCGCGCAGGUCCGCUCCUUCAAUUUCAUGAUUGGAGGACGGGUGAUCCUAGCGAUUGGAGAUAUCGCGACCCAGGUCGCACAGUACCAGGUGUUCUCUGCAUGGUUUGCACCCAGCAAUGGCUUUGGUUCUACUCUGGGCCUCGAACUCAUGGUAGCAAAGCUGGGUGCCUUCGCUGGAACCGGUUCUGCGAACGUGAUUGCCAAGAAAACGGGCAAUUUUGCUUGGGUGUUCUGGGUGGCUGUCCUCAUCAACUUUUUUACCAAUGUGAUGUCGGCUCUCUUUUAUUGGUUCAACAAGAAGUCCAGCCAGAAGUUCGGUCAUAGUGUCGACCCAGUCACAGGAGAGAAGCUGAUGAAGAAGGGCAAGCGGCUCGAAGUCCGAAAGGUCCUCGAGCUGCCUUGGGUGUUCUGGAUUCUAAUGGCUUACUCUCUGUUCUAUACUUCAACGGCAAUCAUCUUCAGCGGAAAUGCGACGGAGCUUGCUGAACAGAGGUUUGAUAUCGACUCUGUCACUGCUGGCUGGUAUACUGCCUUGUUGCGUUAUGCCGGAUUUUUCCUAGUUCCCAUUGUUGGCGUAUUUAUCGACGUCAUGGGACAGCGUGUAUCUUUGCUGGCAAUCUCCAGCUUCGGUGUUUUUAUCGCCAUGGCACUAGUCAAUUGGGCUCCGGCAAUCAAGGGUACAGCGGCCGCAUUUGGUAUCUAUGCGGUUGCGUCUACCUACAAUCCCACGGUGCUUAUCGACAGUAUGCGCACAUCCCUCUGGAAGCAGACCACAUUUGGCAGCGCGUAUGCCUUGAAGAUAAUGAUGAACAACUCGGCCAAUAUCAUCGUAAGGAUUGUGGCUGGUGUAAUUCAAGAUGCCGACAAUAACUCAUAUGACCGCGUUGUCAUUCUAUACAUAUGCAUGGCAGCAGCGUCUGUGGUCCUUUCUUGCACUGCUCUUACAUUGGCAUGGCGCUCGCCAGACCUUCGGCAACUCCAGUGGAGUCGAAAGAAACGUUUGGCGAAAACAGCCUUCCUGGUGGAAAGAAAGGAGCGUUUCCACGGCGUUCAAGCCCCUUUGAACCGCCAAAUAUCCAGAACAUGUUUUGGGUUGCUGAUGUUGUUACUUGUCGGGGGAUGGGCGUCCUAUAUCUGGGGUGCUGUUACUGGGCACAACAAUUGA